AUGAUUCUCAAAAUGCGCGCUCUUUUGACAUCGGCUCUUCUCGCCGGAUGGGCUAUCCACGGCUGUUCCGGCUACAUACCACGACCCCGGACCGACGGUGAGACCUGCACCAAAACCACAGUGGCUGUCCUCGGAGGAGGGAUGGCGGGUAUCACAGCGGCGCAAGCGUUGCAUAAUGCCUCCAUCGACGACUAUGUAAUUCUCGAGUAUCGCGAUCGAAUUGGUGGGCGUGUCUGGAAUACGGAUUUCGGCCAGGAUAAGGACGGGAAUCCGUACAGUCUUGAAUUUGGUGCAAAUUGGCUCCAAGGCGUUGGCUCUGAGACUACUGAAAACCCUGUGUGGACUCUGGCCAAAAAAUACAACCUCAAAAACCACUACUCGAACUACAGCUCUAUCCUAACCUACAACGAGACCGGCUACACCGACUACAGCGAUCUGCUGGAUGCCUACGACGAAGCCUCCACAGAGGCCGGUGAAAACGCCGGCCGCAUCUUGACCGAGAAUCUGCAGGAUCAAACCGCUCGCACCGGACUUGCUGUGGCUGGCUGGAGACCGCGAAAGGAUGAUAUGGCAGCUCAGGCGGUUGAAUGGUGGAGCUGGGACUGGGAGGACGCUUUCUCCCCCGAAACAAGCUCGUUCGUUUUUGGUAUGGCCGGCGAGAAUCUCACGUUCAACCAAUUUGGCGAGGACAACAACCUCGUUAUUGAUCCUAGAGGCUACCGCGAGAUCAUCACCGGUGAAGCGUCGACAUUCCUCCAGCCCGACGACCACCGACUCCAUCUCAACACCCAGGUGACGGACAUUGAGUACAGCCCGCACGGUGUGACCAUCCACAACAAGGACGGCAGCUGCGUGUCUGCCGCGUACGCAAUCUGCACGUUCUCUCUGGGCGUUUUGCAAAAUGACGCCGUCAAGUUUACUCCCGCUCUUCCGCCGUGGAAGCAAACCGCGAUCCAUAAGUUCAACAUGGGCACGUACACCAAGAUUUUCAUGCAGUUCAACGAAACCUUCUGGCCCGACGACACACAGUAUUUCCUGUAUGCUUCACCCACUACUCGUGGCUACUACCCUGUAUUCCAAUCUCUCUCGACCGAAGGCUUUCUCCCGGGUUCGAAUAUCAUCUUCGUGACCGUUGUCUCCGAACAAUCCUACCGCGUCGAGCAACAAUCUGACGAGGAGACCAAAGAAGAAGUCCUUGAGGUCCUGCGCGAGAUGUUCCCUAACAAAGACAUCCCCGAACCAAUUGACUUUGGCUAUCCCCGCUGGACGAAGGAGGAAUGGGCCUUCGGUAGUUACUCCAACUGGCCGGCUGGCACAACACUAGAGAUGCACCAGAACCUGCGCGCUAAUGCCGACCGGCUGUGGUUCGCGGGCGAGGCAACCAGCGCGGCGUACUUUGGUUUCCUGCAUGGUGCGUGGUUCGAGGGCAAAGAGGCCGGUGACCAGGUCGCAGCGCUGCUGCAGGGUCGCUGUGCGGAGGUCGAGGGCAUCGACGAGGGGUGUACUGGAAGAGUGCACUAUAGCCCACUGCAUGGAACGACGCCGGAGGAUGCGUAUAGUGCUGAGAACGGGUGGUUGGUGGAUAGUGUGACCGUGACGGCGUAA